UUUCUUUUUGCUUUCUCCCCCCACGCUCUAUCACUAAAAGCAAGGCCAGGUCUGUUGCUUUGUCUCUUUUGUUUUGGCUGCUGGAGAUGAGCCUAGGCUUAACCUGACCAUGAUUCCAAGGACUGGCACUUCCUUUUUACCCCCAGUUUGUAGAGAUCCAGACCUUCUCUUCCUGAUUAUCAAGGAAAUUAAAUUAUUGCUGAAUCUGGGAAUCUAGGCAGCAGCAGCAGCUUACUUUUUCCCUGCAUCUCUCUGGAAUCGUUUCUGGGAUAUAUUCCAAAUCACCACAGAAAGCAGGAGGAAUGAACCGGCAGCUAGUGAACAUUUUGACAACCUUGUUUGCAUUUUUCUUAGAGACAAACCACUUCAGGACGACAUUCUGUAAAGAACAUGAUUCAAGAUCUGGAAAAUCCCCCUCACAGACCCUGUCUCCUUCAGAUUUUUUGGACAAAUUGAUGGGAAGGACAUCAGGGUAUGAUGCAAGAAUCAGACCAAAUUUUAAAGGUCCUCCAGUAAACGUUACUUGCAAUAUUUUUAUCAACAGUUUUGGAUCAGUCACAGAAACCACCAUGGACUACAGAGUGAACAUUUUUUUGAGACAGCAGUGGAACGACUCGCGGCUGGCUUACAGUGAAUAUCCUGAUGACUCCCUGGACUUGGACCCCUCCAUGCUGGACUCUAUUUGGAAGCCAGAUUUAUUCUUUGCCAAUGAGAAGGGAGCAAAUUUCCAUGAUGUCACCACAGACAACAAGUUGCUGAGGAUUUCUAAAACUGGGAAGGUGUUGUACAGUAUCAGGCUUACUUUAACCUUAUCCUGUCCCAUGGACUUGAAGAAUUUUCCUAUGGAUGUACAAACGUGCACAAUGCAGCUAGAGAGCUUUGGCUACACUAUGAACGAUCUGAUAUUUGAGUGGCUAAGCGACGGACCCGUGCAAGUUGCAGAGGGUUUAACCUUGCCACAGUUUAUUUUGAAAGAAGAUAAAGAACUUGGUUACUGCACCAAGCAUUACAAUACUGGGAAGUUUACAUGCAUUGAAGUCAAGUUUCAUUUGGAGCGUCAGAUGGGAUACUAUUUAAUCCAGAUGUACAUUCCUAGCCUGCUGAUUGUCAUUUUGUCCUGGGUUUCUUUCUGGAUCAACAUGGAUGCUGCUCCAGCUAGAGUCGCUCUGGGCAUCACCACAGUUUUGACAAUGACCACGCAAAGCUCGGGAUCGAGAGCUUCCCUCCCAAAAGUCUCCUACGUGAAGGCGAUUGACAUCUGGAUGGCUGUGUGCCUUCUCUUUGUCUUUGCUGCGUUGCUGGAGUAUGCAGCAGUCAACUUCGUGUCACGACAGCACAAGGAGUUCCUGAGGCUUCGCAGAAGGCAGCGGAGACAAAACAAGGAAGAUGAAGUUGCUCGUGACAGCCGCUUCAAUUUCAGUGGCUAUGGCAUGGGCCACUGCCUGCAAGUCAAAGAUGGCACAGCAGUCAAGGCUCCCCCCAACCCACCCCCACCACCACCAAAGGACGCAGAGUCCAUCAAGAAGAAGUUUGUUGACCGUGCCAAAAGGAUCGACACGAUAUCCCGCGCCGCCUUCCCGCUCGCCUUCCUCAUCUUCAACAUCUUCUACUGGAUCACUUACAAAAUCAUACGGCACGAGGACAUCCACAAGAAAUAGGCCACUCUGGGCCACCAGGACUUCUGAGCCAAAGUGAGCCACCUGUAAAUAAACAGGGAAAUGUCUUUCUGUCCUUUGGACCAAGGGUUUCUUUCCCCCCACACCCAGGCCACCGAAUGGAGAGAAAGCGAACAUAGAGGAGAAGUCCAGAAGGUAAAGUGAUUGCAUGGGAAGCAUGCUGUGACACCAGUCAAGAAGGGUCCCCAUUGUGUGCUCUCAGCUCUCUUCUUCCAGGUUCAGCAUUGAUCAGACAUCUCUAGAUGGGGCCAAAUUUUACCCAGCUUUAUCAUCAAGAUCUCAUCCUCAAAGCAGAAGGGAAUCAGAAGCCAAACAGUUCUCCUAGAUGUCUACCAAGAGACUGCGGUGGCUGCAGUGCAGUGAGCUGUAAGAGGACCAAACUUUUUCAGGAUAAUGUUGCCUUUCUAUUUGAAACAAGUCUACUGAGCUACAUUCCAUGACCAUGUCUGUAGUUAGUGGUUUCACCAAGGAGUCCUUUUGUGGGUUGCCAAUUAUUUCUACUGAUAGGGGAGAGGGGAAAAGAAGAAGAAAAAACAAGAGGGAUUUCUACUUUACUAUCCUCGUGGGUGUGCAUUUUAAUAUUACCUUGCUUUACCAGCCAUGGCAUCGGGGUGGAACGUGUGUGCUGUGUGGUUUCUUUGCUAGCUGCCAUGCCAGAAGCAGUGAGGCUGCCUGGUUUCCUUCUCUUGGAAGGCAGUGCACUUACUUCGUUUUCUUUCUGCCAGUUUUACAUGCGGCUCGAGGUGCCAAAUUGUAUCUUCCCUGUCGUGCUGCCCUGUGCCGCACUGCCUAGUAAGGACUUGUUUCUUCCAAAGUGUAGCUCAGUUUAGCUCAGUUGAGUUUCUGUUGCGCUGUUGUCGUGGCUGCCGUGGAUAGCUCUGUAGGUAAACACCUCUCGUUUACAGACCUCUGGUUUCUCUCGUUACUCGAAGUGGCUAUCAUCUGAAACAGCAUCCAUUUGCCAUGGGAUUUCAAACGGGGCUGUGGUUUUCAGACCCUGCUACCCGCUGGUGCCGGCUCUGCGUCGUCCGGCUCCCUGCUACGUGUUUUAAAGUAGAAAAUGAAAAAAGCAGAAAUAAACAAAGAAACAAGAAGAAGGUAUUUUUGCUUACAUCUGUACCCUAAGAGGAGUCCAACGUUAACAUUUUAAAUGAGCUGUAAAAGGGUUUAUUAAGAAACAAAAGGUAUUUGUUCAGUUUCAAUAAAGCUAAAUGUGGUACUACCA